AUGUCAUACAUGAAAAUUGAGAACGGACAUAUUGUACGUGGAAGUGAUAAAAAUGAAGAGAUUUAUUUUGAAAAAGGUCAAACAAAACAACUUGUUGAACAAUGGAAAAUAAAACAAAUUUCACCUGAACGAGAUGAAUCUAAUGGAUAUAUUAAACAUGAUGCUGAAGUUGUUCAACAAGGUAAAGCAAAAAAUCUUGUUCAAAUGUGGAAAACAAUAGAUAAAGAAAAUACACCACCACCUGAACGACGUGGUCCACGUCCUAUUACACCACCAGCAGAUAAUGAACUGCGUAUAAUACCUCCUGAAGAUAAUGAAAUUAAUUCUCAAAAGUCAUACUAUAUAGAUGAUAAAGCAAAUAUUGAAUUAGGUCAUGCAAAAUCUGUUCGUGAAAGAUUCUUACAAAAUGUUGAACAAACUCAUGUAAUAAAUAAAAGAAAAACACUUAAACAAUUUACACCACCACCUGAAUCAUUAGAUACUAAUCGAAGAAAAUCAAUAACUCCUCCAUAUGAUGGACAAGCAAAAUCAUUAAAAAAUCGUUUUAUUGAAUUUGAACAAGAUGCACGUAAAAUUGAAACAGCAUCAUCAAAAAUUAAAUAUGUACCAAAACGUUUUGUGAAUACACCUGCACCUAAACAAUUUAAUACUGAAUCAAGUGUUGAUUCGACAAAAUGUUUUGACUGUCAUAAAACAGUUUAUGCCAUGGAAAAAAUCGAAGCAGAUAGAAAAGUUUAUCACAAAUCAUGUUUUAAAUGUACGCAUUGUAAAUCAAUAUUAAAACUUGGCAAUUAUACAGCAAACAAUGGACAUAUUUAUUGUAAACCUCAUUUUCUUCAAUUAUUUGCUAUGAAAGGAAAUUAUUCAGUGGGUUUUGGUCUAAACGAUUACAAGACACGAUGGUUGCCAUCAAAUUCUCCUAAUAAUAUAUCAAAUUCAUAA